AUGCCAAAAUUGGGUCCUUCCAUGUUGCUGACUACUGCUUGGAGGGACUUGGGAAGCUUCAUCGGAGCCCACCAUUUUUUCAAACUCAGGCAUGACGACGUUCGCUUGAUUGUCAUUUCGCCACGUCAUCUCGUUUUCGUGGAGCUUUCUCGCGAGGUCGUUCUGGCCUCUAGGAGCCUAGUAUUGCUUUUCAACUAUUCAGCGACCCAAUGUUCAUCUGGGUUCCGCGCUCUAGCCUGGGUUCUAACUUCAAACUGCUGGAAGAAGCCUCGCGCCCAUAGGGAGAAGUGGCCUGUCGACGUGCCGCCUGAGAUUGUUCAGAUGAUUCUUCAUAAACUGGAACCGCGAGAUGCCGUGGCAUCUUCGCAGGCAUCCUUCGCUGCUGAGCAAUGCUACUACGCUUCAGAAUCCCAGUUCAAGGACAUUGACGUGCGAAAUUUUAAGUCCUCUAUACCUUGCUGCGGCAAGCGCACUGGACUGGAGACGCACGGUAUCUGA